UAGAUAGCUAAGAAAAUAAUAGAAAAUCAUUAUCAGUGUUCCGCACUAUCGAAAAUAAUUUUCCAUGCCUUCAGAUGUUUUUUUUCGAUUUCAUGACACGUUGAAACUUAGUUCCUUCAUCAUUUCUAUAACAGGACUACUACACUAUCAUUAUCCGAUGAUGGAUUAUCUCUUGCGUGGUGAACAAAGGUUCACGUAUAUCAUGACGCAAGCAAAAGUGUGAAUCGGAUUUCUCUGAUUCUGAAGAAAUUGGCGAGAGUCCAAAAUAUGACGAUGCACACUGAAUUCGAGGAUCGGAGAAUCAAGAAGCCAUUUUUAGGAGGUUGGCGAAACAGGAUUAACGGUACCGAAUAUGUAAAUGCCACGUCACAGACUGGACCGCAUAAAAAAGACAUAGAAAAUGAUCAACAAUGCAGCCAUGAGACCCAAACUUUCGAAACUAGAGAUCAAGUUGUGCAACCUUCUUACGAUCGGGCGACGCAAACAUGGCGACCCGACUGCUAUGUCCCUAACGUAUCUGACAAAUACAUCUCUGCCAGUCCUUAUGAAACGUUCGAAGAAAUGCAAUCACGAUUAAACAUCGAUGGCUGCGUACGAACUAUUCAAAAAUAUUACAGAGCAUAUAGACUGAUAAAGUAUGCCAAAGAAUGCGCUAAUACAUACAGACAAGCUCUGACAGGCUGUAAAAUAUUAGAGGAAGAGUUGAAUCUACUUUAUCGUCGUCGAUAUCAGCAGGAGCUAUUUAGACAAUGUAAUCCGCGAACGAGAGCAGAUUUCGAUAUUUUGUACAACCUGAUCGACAACUGGAGAUCGUCUUGUUCAAAUCGAAUAAAAGCGCAGUACUUCAAUGCAUCGCAGAGAACAGAAAGUGGUAAAAUACUCGAGAAAACCAUAAGGAUGCUCAAUGACGUCGACAAGCACAGACAGAGAAUCGCAAAUGCUCAUGGCGAAAAGAAGCUUCUUCAGUUUCUAAUAAGCAAUUGCAAUUCCAUUCAAUGGAACGGUUACAAAGGAAAGCCGAUAGAGAUGAUUAGUAUGAAAGUACAAAAAGCCCGGGAGUACAAUGCCAUUUAUGAAAGUUUACGGAAUCUCGAUGUUAACGUGGAGGAACGCAUGGAGACGUUACUAUUGCUAAGGAAUUCAUUGAAACAACAUAAUUGCCAACCAACGAUGGAAUUGUUGUACCUGUUGGAUCAAGAGAUAAUGUUAUUGUCACGAGGCAAUAAGAGAUUCGCGUAUGGUAAUCUCCGAAAAAGGGUAAAAAAUGCCUACUUGUACUUUGUGAGUGAGUCCCAAACGUGUGUCUGUAUUUCUACUGAAGAUAUUCGAGACGAAGAAUUACGAGAGCCGUUGGAAACCAACAGACAAUUUUGUAGGAGCUGUACAAGAUUGCUUCCGUAUCGCAGAUUCUCGGCUCAAGUGAGAACAAAGAGAGUGCCAUACUGUACAAGUUGUUCCUGGCUACGAGGCAGUAAAGUUCCUCGCAUAAACUACGAUCCUUACACGUGUCUUCUAAGCCGUAUACGAGCCGACGAGCACCGGAGGAAUUGCUCCUCGAGUUUGGCCUUUGUGAUACGCGAGUCUUGUAUUUAUCACCUCAUUAACGACAUAUGGCAUGGACAUUCGGUUAUUAGUGAGAACGCGGAUUUGUUCGCCUUGAGGUUGAUCAGGUUUUACGUUGACGAGGAAUGGUCUCCCUGGAAUUGCAUUCUUUUGACGGAACUGGAAGCAGACACGCAUUACCACAUUGAGGAUCUUAGAAGCACUUACUCUGAGCAUCUAAUGCGAAAUAUAUUUCUUGCUCAUCAAGUGGCAAAGAGCCAAUUUCAUGAUCUCAUUGCGGUUGAACGGAAUUACAGAGAAUCUGGUAGAUACUACAUGGUUCAAGAUAGGAAGGAUUACAAGGCACCAAAGACCAUUGAAAAUUAUGAUCCUGUUUAUUGCGUUAAUGAUUCUAUAGGUUUUCUCAAGUAAUCAUAUUAUGUGUAAUGAAUAAAUAAUCUGCAAAGCCUG